GAUAAACCUUAUUCAAGCUUUUAAUCAGGGACGGAGAUAUAAAUAGAGAAGAGAGAUGCAUGAGGAUUUCAGCCGACGCGUUUCUUCUUCCACACUAUCAUGUACGGAAAUGAAUGUCCUAGAGGCUAGAAAGGGUUCUACUCCUUUCUUCUUCACUCUUCUUCUCUAACGUCAGCUCCAUUUCUUCGGCUCUGCUCAUCAGGACCAAAAAUUUUGGUAUAACUACGUGAAUGUGCUAGACAUGGAUAACACACAAGAUAUCACACAAGCGAUGCAGGAAUUCAAAUUUGAAGCUUUUCCUCAGGAAAUCAUACAAGAUAUCCUAUUUAGGCUACCCGUUAAAUCUCUGAUCAAUUGCACCUCAGUGUGCACGGCAUGGAGGUCCAUGAUCAUGAACAAAAGCUUUAUCCGCGCCCACUUAACCCUAACAGUCGAUUUUGCUAACCAGGAUGACAUUGACCUCCUCCUACUCCACAUAAUUUCUUGUGACAGUAGCAGCACCUUCGGCCACAAAACGAUCGUUUCCGAGAUAAAAGAUGAGGUUCACUGUGUGCAUUAUGAUAACCAGGCUUUUGAUGUGUACUCCAAGAUCGAAUUUCCAAUUGCUCCAAAGCAAGAACUGUGCAAUUCUCAUCUUCGUGUGGUCGGCACUUGUAGCGGGCUAAUCUGCCUUGCGGAUGAUAUCCUCCAUUAUGGUUACAACUUCUUUAUAUGGAACCCAGCCAUUAGAAAGUUAGUGACCCUUCCCAGGCCUGGAGUUACCUUUAGGACGCAUGGUGGGUAUGAUGCUUCUAUUGGGUUCGGUUUUGAUGCUAUGACCAAUGACUAUAAGGUUGUGCGAUUUGUAGCUUUACAACAUGAAGAUGAGAGGCCAACUGCAGCUGAGGUUUAUUCCCUAGCCACUGGCACAUGGAGGAGUCUUGGUUGUGUUUCUCCUGCAUGUGGAACAAAUGGAGCUGCAUCCAAUGCUUUUGUUAAUGGGGUUCUUCAUUGGCCUGUAGUCUCAGACGACGAUGGUUGCUAUUUUAUUUUGACGUUUGACUUGGGCAAGGAGGUGUUCGGUAAGAUACCUAUGCCGAAGAUUAUCCAUUGGAAUCCCAAGUGGGGAUUGCAAUUGUCUGUUUUCGAAAAUAGAAAAUCUGUUGCUCUGUUUAUGAGGGAUAACAGUUGUAAAGAUUUCAUGAUGGAUAAUAGGCGCGAAAAUUCUGUUCUUGAUAUAUGGGUGGUGAAAGAGUAUGGUAGAAAGGAAUCAUGGACCAAAUUGAUUACUCUCGGUCCACAAGGUCCACAAAGACUUUUACCCAGGGCCUUAUGUUUUAGCAACAGCGGGGAAGUACUGUUACUGCUAACAAAAGAAGGCAGGUAGGAACUAGUUUCACUAGACCUUGUGAGCAAACAGUUUAAAAAUCUUGGGAUUUCUGGAUAUAAAUAUUGUACUGUUGAUUUUUAUAAAGAGAGCCUCCUCUUACUCGACAAGAGCGAUGCAGAGUCUUACUAAGAGAAAGGACAGGUAAUGUAUUAUAGUGCUGAGAGCAGAACAUUUCAAUUCUUUGUUUGCCAGAUUUUUAUGUUCAUUAAAAGCAUGAUUGGUGACUAAAUUGCUGUGGGAUCUUUAUUAUGUCGACUUGUGCGGGUUUUUUUUUCCUUUAGCUGAUUGUCUUUCUCGCUUCUGUUGCUAGAACACAACUUGUGACUAAAGUCAACUUAGCUCUCAUGGAAAAUAUCAAGUUGGUAUGACUUUUGAGCGUGGACUGAUUACUGCUACUGUAGUGAAGUUUGUGUAUUCAAUUUAUUGUUUGCUGCUGUAAGAGAUUGUGCUAUAGUUCAGGCUUUAAUCCCUUUUCCAAUGGUUUUCAUUUGUAUAAUAGUUUCGUUUCCAAUUUAGCUUUCAUUUAGGGAGAGGAAUUUUCAUUUGCACUCCUGAAAAAGUACUGGGAAAAGUUUUCAUGACAACUGAUGUCAACUAUAAUGCUUAACAAUUGAUUAGCGUAGCACUUUUCUUGCUUUCUGUUGCUGCAGAUUUGUAGUGCUGUAACGCAUUUGCCUGAAGUGCCUGAUGCCUGACGUGCAGUCACUCCCAGUUCUUGUUAUCUAAC